AUGAGUUUAGUUUCAGGCUCACUAUAUUUUUGUCAAACACUUAUGAGAAAUACUGCCAGUGUGCAACAGGACCAGAGUGUAUGUCCCUACUGCAGCUUUGCAUCUACAGAUCAGAGUAUUUCAUUGUUAUUCUAUUGGUUCAGUUUAAUGUGUUGGAACUGUUUCACAGUGAGACAGAUUUUAUUCUGAGAACUAAAGUCGCAAUUUGUAAGAUUUGUGAGAUUUUACGUUAAAAAAAUAAGAGAUCAGCUUGUUUGAUAUGAAUCUUUACUACAAUAAAUAAAAAAUAAAAGUAUUGAUUUAAUGCAUUGUAAACAAAAAGACAUGUUCUGAGCCUCAGAGGAAAAAACAAAAAUGUUUUUAUUGUUUAAAGAUCUGGAGAUGGAUCCCAUUCACUGAUAAAAUCCUCACAACAGUAACAUUUGCUUCUCUAUGACUCAUUAACUUCUACAAAUAGAGGUAUUUUAUAUUGCACUAUUGUUACUUUAACUUUCUGUUUUGGCGUCCAGGUGUGUGAACAGGUGACCCACUCACAUUCACUGUAAGUAGCUGUCAUUAAUUAGGUCAUUAGUUUACUGUGUAUGAAGAGCUGUUCAUCCCACUAACACUCUUAGUGUUAUCAAGUGCAGUAGGUCAGACGGUCAUUCUGGACUUUGGCAGAUUAUCAAUCUGCUUCAGAGUAAAAAGUAAUAACGGUAAAAAAGUAUAAUAGAGAUCAAACUUCAUUGAUUACGAUGGUCAAUAAAUUAACUGAAGUCUGGUGUCAGAUAACAUUUGGACCGUGAUUUAAGUUUAAUGUUUAUUUCCGUGUUGUUUCAGUAUAUAAACACCUGUCGCUCCACAUCCUGCACACGCUCAGCUGAGAGACUUCACACUGAAGCAGCUCAUCACUGUGAAACAAUGAGGAUUAUUUUUCUUGUCUGUGCUGCCUUCGCUCUGAGCGUCGCCACAGAGGAGAAGCCUGAUGAAUCUUUAGCUCCGAUGACAGAAAAGUUUGAGAAGGAGGAUCCUGCACCUGUGUUGGAGGCAGGAGACCAGACGCCAGGUGACGUCAGGCAGAGCAAGAACAGCUGUCUGUCCGGCUGGCUUAAAUAUGGAUCCAGAUGUUUCAUCUUCGUCAACAGACAGAUGGCCUGGAUAGACGCAGAGAGAUAUUGUUUGCGUAACGGAGCCAACCUCGCCUCCAUCCACAACCCAGGAGAGUACAGGUUCCUCCAGGACAUGAUCAGAACCAGCACAGGUCGUUUUGCACAAACAUGGAUUGGUGCAAAUGAUGCAAUUAAGGACCAGGCAUGGUUCUGGAGUGAUGGAUCGAAUUUUCUUUUCCAUUCCUGGGGCGUAGGUGAACCCAACAAUGCUGACGGUCAUGAGAGAUGCAUUGAGAUGAACCGCUCAAAGGACCACCUCUGGAACGAUCUGCCCUUUUGUGUAUAUAAGGUGCUGUUCACUCUGCAGCUGUGCAGACCCUGCAGACACUCAGCUGAGAGGCUCCACUCUUCUGAAGCAGACGUCCAGCUCCUCACUGUAAACAAUGAAGAUUGUUCUUUUUCUUUGUGCUGCCUUCGCUCUGAGCUCUGCCGCAGAGCCAGCGGAGGGUGCAGCUGUUGCUCAGGAGGAGCAUCUAGAUCGACCAGUUGAAAAACAUCCAGAGGAGGUGCCAAAGCCAGAAGAAGAAAAGGAGCCUCUGCCUGCUCAGAGACAGGGCAGCUGUUCACCCGGCUGGUCCAAAUAUGGAUCCAGAUGUUUCAUCUACGUCCAAAGAGA